AUGUUUAGAACAACAAUACGUAGGGUUUCUACCAAAUCUAUUCCAUAUGAACCAAUACCUAAAAAUAAAUAUAAUCAAAAUAGAUCCGUAUUCAAUUUCAAACCAGUUCCAACAGAAGGAUUAGUUUAUAAUCCACCAGCAGCUAUAGUCAAACCAUAUAUGCAAACACCAUAUGUUUUCUUACCACCAAAUGAUCCAAGACGUGAAUUUGCCAAACAAAAUUGCAUAGAUCCUUCUAUUGUUAAAGAAAUGCCAGUUAUAAGAGAAUUCAAAGCUGCUCAUCAAAGAGAAUAUAAUGUUACUGCUGAAACUAUUACUAAAAUCAAACAAUUGAUAAAAGAAGAUCCUGAACGUUGGACACUGAAAGCUAUUAGUAAAGAAUUUAAUAUUGAAUUGGUCAAAUUGCAUUAUUUCUUGAGAGGUGAAUUGGAAAAGAAAUUAAAACCACAACCUAAAGUCAUAUCUAAGAGACUUUUGGAUAGACAAAAGAGAAGAGAAUUAUGGUUAAGAAAUGAAUACUAG